AUGCCGCAGAUGGACGGGCCCGCUGAUCAGAUCGCCGCCGGCUGGUUCGCCGCGGAGCCGGCGGCCGAGCGGCCCGUGGGCCUGCCCAGGACCGGCUCGUCCAGUCGCCUCAACGCUCAGGCGCCGGAGUUCGUGCCGCGGGGGCCGCCGGCGCCGGCGCCGGCGGUUGUGGUCCCGCCUCCGCCGCAGGUGAUCCGCAUGUUCGCCGCGCCUCCCCCGCCUCCGCGGGCUGCCUUCUUCGCCGCGCCGCCGCCCCGGCCGUUCGAGUACUACGCGCCUGUGGGUGGACGCAGCGGAUUUGCUGCCAAGGAGCAGCAGGCGCCGGAGCCUGAGCCGGAAGCGGAGAUGCUCCCACCCGCUGCGGUGAAGGCGGAGCCGGUGGUGGAUGGGCUCGACGACGAGGUGGUGCUCAAGAUCACCAAGCAGGUGGAAUACUAUUUUAGUGACAUCAACCUUGCAACUACAGAACAUUUGAUGAGAUUCAUUACCAAGGAUCCUGAGGGAUAUGUGCCAAUAUCAGUAAUUGCUGGUUUUAAGAAAGUAAAAGCUUCUGUGCAUAAUAAUGUGACGCUUGCUGCGGCUCUCCGAACCUCAUCAAAACUUGUUGUAAGUGAUGAUGGUAAGAGAGUCAAACGGCAGGAGCCAUUUACAGAAUCUGAUUUGCAGGAGCUCCAGUCCCGGAUUGUUGUUGCAGAAAAUCUUCCUGGUGAUCCCUCCUACCAGAAUCUUAAGAAGAUAUUUUCAGCUGUUGGCAGUGUGAUUUCAAUUCGAACUUGCUAUCCUCAGACUCCAAAUGGCACUGGCCCUGCAACUAAUAGAUCUGCCAAGUUAGAUAUGCUUUUUGCUAACAAGCUGCAUGCUUUCGUGGAGUACGAAACUCCUGAGGAUGCUGAGAAGGCAAUUUUGGAGCUUAAUGAUGAGAAAAACUGGAGAAAUGGGCUUAGAGUUCGGUUGCUGAAUACUUGCACGUUGAAGGGGGCAGGCAAAGGAAAAAAGGGUGUGCAUGAAACUGAUGGAAAUGGUGAGGACGAUGUCUCCACUUCGAACCAUUCAAACGAGAAACAGUUUGAAGAAUCCUCUCAACUGUUAGAUGUACUGCCAGAACACUUGUUUGAUGAGAACUUCAACGACAAGGAAGUUCCCAAACGCGGCAAAGGGCGUGGCCGCGGUGGUAGAGGGCGUGGGCGUGGCAACCAUCAAUAUAACAAUAACCACCACAAUAACCAGCACCACCAGAACAACCAGCAGCACUACAAUAACCAUGGCAACAACCACCUUGGUGGGAACCGUGGCAGCCCCCACCCUGUUGGCACUCCGCCGCAUAACCUGAUAACCAAGCCCGAGCAGCACCCGCAGCUGUCGAUUGGGGCCAACAAGCUUCCACCAGGCCCCCGCAUGCCUGAUGGCACUCGGGGUUUCACCAUGGGCAGGGGGAAGCCACAAGCUAUGCUACCUGGUUUGUGUGCUGUUGGUGAGUCUUGA